CUGGGGAGCCGCGCGGCGGUGCAUCGGCCCUCCCGGGGCGGAGCGCGCCUUGCCAAGCGCAGCCCUUCCUUCUCCUUCCUGGGAUUUCUCUGCGCCAGACCGCUCUCGCUAUGGGGGCCGAGCAGAGUGCAGAUGCGGAAAACCGGCAUCCCGACCCGAACACUUCAGCAUCUCCUUCACCAGCCAAGCAGCGAGCUAAAAUGGAUGAUAUUGUGGUGGUGGCACAAGGGACACAGUCUUCGCGGAACGUCAGCAAUGACCCAGAUGUCAUUAAGUUGCAGGAAAUCCCAACUUUCCAACCCCUUCUGAAAGGUCUUCUCAGUGGGCAGACAGCUCCUACCAACAUAAAACUGGAGAAACUGGAUUCUCAGCAAGUUCUCCAGCUCUGCCUGCGGUACCAAGACCACCUUCACCAAUGCGCGGAAGCGGUUGCCUUUGACCAGAAUGCUUUAGUCAAACGGAUCAAAGAGAUGGAUCUUUCGGUAGAAACCCUCUACAGCUUAAUGCAGGAGCGCCAGAAAAGAUAUGCCAAAUACGCCGAGCAGAUCCAGAAGGUCAACGAGAUGUCUGCCAUCUUGCGUCGCAUCCAGAUGGGCGUUGACCUGACCAUUCCCCUGAUGGAGAGACUGAAUGCCAUGCUGCCCGAGAGCGAGAGGCUGGAACCAUUUAGCAUGAGCCCUGACAGGGAGCUCAAGCUGUAGUUUUCUGAUACAGCCUUCAGUCAUCUUUUUCCUGGACCCUACUUGAUAAGGAACUUACUUGGAACACACUUCACAAGCCAGAGUGAGUAGAGCAGAGGUAUCCGUUCUGUGUUAGGUAGGAAGACUGUGUUUGGCUUGCAGGGAAUGUAAAUACACACAGCAACUUGGAAUGAAAUGCCAUUUCUUACCUUUCCUGCUUCCACCUGCUUGCCACCGCUGACUCCACCCACCCAAACAUUGCUUUAACAAGGUUCACAUCCUUCCUCUACUGUUGUGCACAUUAGUGUGCUUACUGAGGAAUCCUUCAAGCUGCAGAGGAUUCUGGGGCAUGCUCUAAUGUAAUUUUUAAACUGUUUCUAGUAAGAUUGGUGUUGGCUAACAAACUGCCUGCCAGGGCUUCACCAUCAUUGCCUGACUUCCUCUCUAACAUACCUGAAUUGUACAAUUCCAGCAUACAAAAGGAGUGUGAAAAACACAGAGAAGUGGGAGUUUGAUGGUCAUUGUUCUGGAGCAGGGUCCCAAUUUGGCCCAUGAGGCCAUUUUCGCUAUGUCCAUGUCCACCUGCACCAUACCUGACAUCAUGUAUGGGGCAGGUAAGGACAUGGCUAGAUUCAGCUUUGCAACUUGUUCACACAGCCAAUCACUGCAGAAAACAUAAUUGCCCAAGCACCCAAUAACCAGUAAGCUGUCAGGCACUUGAGAAGCGCUGUGGAAGGGACUUUGACAGAGGGGUGAGACAACCUGCCCGCCAAUCAUCUGAAGUCAUAAGGCAAUCUGAUGAUUGAUAGGUGAGUCAUCCUGCCCACCUGUGGUGGUGGGCAGGAUCUCCCUCCUUUAGGGUUUUUCUUUAAAUUGGCUUCUUAUUUUAUAGGGCUAUUAAAUGUGCAAAUGCUUGAGCUAUGUGACCUAUCACAGCUUUGCAGGCAGCAGAGCUAGAGCCUGGGUAAUGGUUUAGGCUGGUGUUUCCAACACCUGAAUGAAAGGAGUGCCUCUCCUGCCCUAUCCUAUUAAUUUGCUUUGCCAGAUUAUUCUUAACACGAUGGAUAAAACAUGACGAGGAAAGGUUAUGUCCAUAUGUCCACAUCCAAAGGAAACUGUAAAGCCUGCUAAGCUGGGAAAGGUUGGCUCAUUUGCCAAAGGCACCUCAGAGGUAUGCCAUAAAAAUGCCAGCUUGCUGUUUGCAGUUGAAUCUCUCCAAAGAUGGCUGCUAUAUGGUCUCAGUUCAGGGACAAGGCCAUGUUAGUUUGGACUGAUGUCUCCUGCUCUGUAAUUCUGGUGCAGCUUUGAAGCUGUGCUAUGCCUAGAAUUAAAAAGGGUUUGGAUGCUAUUUCAGAGUUGCCUUCUGAAUUUCAAACACUUUUAUUUAUGUAAAGCACUUGAUUUUGAUCCAAGCCUAUGUAUAGUACACUAGCGUGGAAAAUACCACUGAAGUCUUCAGCCUGUGUAUGUAGCUGCUUGACCAACCAUUCCUGCUUUGUUUUCCCUAUGUGAUUCCUUUGCUGGCCAGGUCUGAGGAAUCCUAAUAUUGUCACAUUAUCCAGUUUUGUUCUGGCACACUCGAAUUCCCUCUUAUCUCCAAGUCUUUGAAGGAAGGAAUGGGAAGUUGCUUUUACAUAUAUCUGUUAUUACUUAGUUUAAGAGAUGAAUCCAAGAGUGAAAAGGAAAAAGAAGACACUCGAUACUCCUCUCUGUGGUAGCAGGGUCUACUUUGGGAGUAGCCACUGGAGAAGGGACUCCUGGUGCAGAAAAUGGAAAUCUACUGUAUUGCUCCAAGGCUGAAGAAGUGAUUGACAAAGUCUGUCUCCCUCCUACAGCUCUUACUACUGUAGAUGUUUCCAGUGGUGAAGGAACCACUUGUUCUCGGAAAUGUGCACUCUUCCCUUGAAAAGGAGAAGCAACCACUAAAUCAUGAUUAAGGAAGUGAGGAAAAAUGUCUAAAAAGGGCUAUGCUUAACUAUCAGAAAUGAUUAUGAAUAGUAGGAGAGCUUUUACCCAAAUACCCAUGAGCAAUCUGUGGUUCGAGGUCGGCGACAGAGGGCCUCUUCAGCUAACCAGCACAACAGAAGUUCCACACAGUGCCUACGCAUGCGACACCUUAUUUUAAGGCGUGCUUUUUCCACAGAAGCUUUAUUUAUGUUUUAUAUUUUUGCUUUCUGCAUUAUUUUGUUGGCACAAUUGCUUAUUAAUUUUAAAUAACUAUUUUGGUUGAAAAUUAGUAUGGUAAAUAAAUAAUAAGCAAUCUUACAUGGAUAGAUGCAAAGGUGUUGCAAAAAACCCCAGAUGCAGCCAAAAGUGAGGAAAGGGUUCAGCUGUAGUUCUAGAAGAUUCUAACGUCAUAUUCUGAUUGCUUUACUUUCAAAAUAUGGCCUGGUCUCUUAAAAUGGAUGCAAGUUAGUGUUAUUUCUGCAUUACACCUUUUGUUGUACAACACAACUCUAGCUAAGAAAUAGCAUUUAGCAGACCAGCUGGGCUUUGAAAUGCUAAAGCCGUAUUUGGAACAAUAUGCUCAGUGUUGUCAGAUUCCAGCAUUGGUAGUCAAAAUGCAUACACUGAAGGCUGAUGUGUUCUUUGGACGCAUUAUUCUAAAAGAUGUGCUCUAGGAAAAUAUUAUCACCACUUUGCUUCUCAUUUUGGGGGACCAAUUCUGCUUGCUUUAUUGACUACAGUUCUAGUCAGGAAAACCUUAGAGUUAUUUUCACUGCAAGUCAUGUCUACUCAAAAGCAAGCCUCAUUUAGUUCAAUGGAGCUUACUUUUCAGGUAAGUGGGUAAAGGAUUGAAGCCUUAAAGUAUGGAGAAGGAAAAUAAAUGUCUUCGUUACUCAUUCUGCUCCAAGCAUGUUUUCACAAAGCUGCCCGGCAUGGUGGAACUUUGUAGGCAAAUGCAAUGAAUUCCUGAAAUACAUUGAAUUGUAUUGGGUCUGUUGAGAGCCAAAUUUGGCAGAGUGUUCCAUUUAAUUAUGUGUAACAGCAGUAGAAAAUGUAACAUGUACAAAUACAUUGUGCAUUGGACUCCUGUGUAAAAGUGCAAAGAGUUAUGUAGUUUGCGAACCAGCAAGGCAGGUGGGUAUUUUAGUCCAAGCAGCCGAUAUGCCCCUCGUGAGCUAGCAAGGGAGAUGCCAUAUGCAGAUUUCCAGACUGGAUUGGGAACCCUUUGCAGUGUGCGUUUGGCUAUGAUGCAACCUCAUUCCUCUUAAAUGUUAAGCAUAUUUUUAUCCAGUUGGAAUGCAGGUAGAAAUGCAUCUCUCUUAACCAUUUUCUCAAUCUGCAUUUGCGCUUUUGAGCACAACUGUUAUCUACUAUAAUAAUUUAAUUCUUGUCUUGGGGAAAACCUGUAGGUGAUCCUUACUGAGACUUGGCUUGCUAGGGUACCCAGAUGUUAAAAUGCUCUGCAGUGAAAACACAUUGUUUGCCUACAUUUCCUAGAUCAGUGGUUUUCAAAGUGGAACUUCCUUUUUGGGAAGUUGUUACUCCUACCAACCUUUCCCUCCAGGGGUCUGUGAAAUGUGAUCCCAGGCCAUAAUUUCUGCCCUCACAAUUCUGUCUAACACUCAUGAAAACUGUGCUCUAGAACAUGCCCCAGAAACUUCAGGGAAUCCCCACAGGCAGACAUGCAGCGUUCUCCAGGGUUUUUAAGUGCUCGCUGAAGGUGCACAUUUGGAAGUCUAAUGUGUUCAUAUUUUAGGCCUUGGAAAUAGAGAAGGGGGAAUCAGUGGUGGUGAAGCAGUUUCUUGACAGGUUAGUGUCAUAUGCACUAUGUAGUUUCCUUUUAUUGCAAUGCAACUUGUACAAAUUUGAUGGGUCUUGCAUUACAUUGUGUGAUGUAGAUGCUGCUCUAACACAAUGUUAUUUCAGCUGGGAAUAUUUAUUACUGUUUGGUUUUAUUAAUAAUUAAAGGACAUGUGACAUGCCAGCUUUCUUCUGG